AGAACUUGCUCGUAGUAGAAUAAAUUUUCCGGGUUGAUGGUUCGUACUUUAGUCUCGUUGUGAAAGCUCCAAAAUGGAUGAAAAAUUAGAUUGUGAAAAAUCUAAAUUGAUCAAAUCCAAUGAAAUCCUGGAAGCCAUGGCUUUUGAUGGUGAAGUAAGAGAUUUAAACAAUGAAAAUGACAUUGAAAUGAAUAAUGUGACAAGCAACAAUGGGAUCUCAGAUGCUGCUGAUGAUGGGAAUUUGUCCGGUGAGCCAAGAAGUCCAGAGCAGAAUGUAACUAACAACGACAGUAACAACCCAGUCAACAUAGAUGAAUAUUUGGAUGAGUUGGAUUUGAAGUAUGGAGCAGGUCAUGUCAUUCAACUCUUCAUCCCUGUUUCACUCUGCAUGGCUGCCGUCGUGUGUGGCAUCAACUUUAUUGAGUUCUACAAUGUUAAGGAUGUCUACUUGAUGUACACUCCAUUUGAGCAGUCAGUCACUCCAGAGACGAGCACGGGAACGAGAAUCUGGCAGUCCCUGGCCAAUGCCCUCAUCAUGCUGUCCGUGGUCAUUGUUAUGACUGUUGUACUCUUGCUUCUAUACAAGUAUCGCUGCUACAAGUUCAUUGCAGGAUGGCUGUUCAUGUCGUCAUUCAUGCUCCUCUUCUUCUUCACAUUUAUCUUCUACAGUGAGUUAUGUCGCACGAUGAACAUCCCAAUGGACUAUAUAACAACCGCGGUCUUCCUCUGGAACUUUGGAGUACUUGGAAUCAUGUGCAUCCAUUGGAAGGGUCCUCUUUUGCUACAACAAUUCUUCUUGAUCGUUGUGUCGGCGUUGAUGGCCCUCACUUUCAUAAAACAUCUUCCUGAUUGGACAACGUGGGUUCUCCUGGCUGUUAUCUCAAUAUGGGACUUGGUGGCAGUACUCGCACCUAAGGGACCACUUAGAAGUCUGGUGAAGUUGGCUCAGGAAAGGAACGACCCAAUAUUCCCUGCCCUCAUUUAUUCAACAACUAUGGCCUGGUUGGUUGAGCCAAGUAGUGGUGCUUAUGAAGCAGACAAUGAUGGAGGAGCUGAUGCUGAGGCUGAUGUAGAUGGUGAGGGUGAUAAUGUUAUAGAAAUUCACGAUGAUCAGGUUCCUGAAGGUCAGAUUCCUGAAGGUCACGUUCCUGAAGGUCACGUUCAUGAAGGUCACGUUCCUGAAAGUCACGUUCCUGAAAGUCACGUUCCUGAAGGUCACGUUCCUGAAGGUCACGUUCCUGAAGGUCACAUUUUAUCAAGUGAUAAGGCAGGGACAAGUGCUAAUGUCGAUUAUGUUAAUUUGGAACAUUUUACCACCGAAAUCACGAUUGCAGCUGAAAAGAAAUCAGAUGAGCCAGAUCAACAAGAGCGGCCAGCUGAAGAGCAGGGAGAACCGCAAGCGAAACAAAAACGUUCAAAACAUCGACAACAUUCGAAACAACAAAACCGUCCCAAAGGACCAUCACAACAGCAGAAUGAACAACAGCAGAUAGGACGACUUGGACAUCCAGAAUCAUUUGAACAGUUUAAACAACAAGUUGCCCGUCUGGACAAGAUGGAGGACUCUGGCGUCAAGUUAGGAUUGGGUGACUUCAUCUUCUACAGCGUGCUUGUUGGCAAGGCAUCCUUGCUGGGAGACUGGAACACCACUGUGGCUUGUUUCAUUGCCAUUCUCAUGGGCCUUUGUUUCACCCUCUUGUUACUGGCCUCAUUCCGCAAGGCCCUCCCUGCACUCCCCGUCUCCAUAGCGUUCGGUCUCAUUUUCUACUUCGCCACCAGUCAAGUUGUCCUUCCUUUCAUGGUCAUGUGUUCUCUCAAUCAAGUCUUCAUAUAAUCCGUCUUGUUGUUGUUGUUGUUCAAUGUUCGACUGAAUGUUAUUUUGGAAUAUAUUACGUUGAAGGCUGUGUAAAUGCUUGCUGUUGGUCCUUAACAUGACAUUAUUUGAUAUGGUGAAUUGUGUUUAGUUGUGCCACUACGUGUGACGUUUUGUAAUUUCUUCUUAAUAUGUACGAUGGGUUGGUAGGUUCGUUUUGAAAUGGUCAUCAUUAAUUAAAUCGUCAACGUUUCAAACAAACCAUCAUGAUUCAAAUUCUCUUUCUUGACUUUUAGGCACUGCAUGUUUUUUUUGUUUCCAUUCACAACAAUUAUUUCGCUGAUAUAAUUUGGUUGCUUUGAUGUUGUUUCAUGAAACAAAUAAAUAAGUGAGGUUAAUUUUAUUAACAUCGAUAUAAAAACCAUGGAUAUAUAUAUAUAAAUACCCAUGAAUAUAUAUCCACAUAUCCACGGAUAAAAGCGGUUGAAUAUUGAAUUUUUCAGAUUAUCUUGUCUAUCGUUUUUCUUUUGUCCUUGAUAAUUCUAACUCCUCUAUCCUUACUUUUUGGGUACCUCGCGAUUUUAUCCUUUGUCUUCGGAAAUAGCGCCUUACAAACUGAUUGAUUGGUUGAUCUUGAAACAGUUUUAUAAAAGAUAUCGAAAUUAUGCUAACGGCGUAAAUUAUUAUGAUAGUAUGUUAUUUAGCUGCGUUAUCGAUGUAAUGAAUUUUCA